GAACUCUCUCUCUCUCUCUCUCUCUCUCAUACAACCAUAAUUCAAUAAUUCCAACCGUGUCCCUUCUUUCCCUCCAAAAACCCUAACCUUGAUUUCCCUUCUGCAGAACUCUCCGUCUCUCUAUCUUCUGUCGAAAAUGGCAAAACGAACUCUGGGAGAUAGAGAGAUCGUAGAAGAAGAAGAAGAAGCGGAAGAAGGAGAGGACGAUGAUGAGAAUGAUAACGUGAUUCUGGCUGGAGAAGAAGGAGAGAGGAAGAUGAUGCUGCCGUCGUCAUCGUCGGCAAUAGCAGAGAGUUUCCAGCAGCAGCAGCAACUGCAGAUGAUGAUGAUGAGGUGCCAAGCCGACGACUGUGAUGCUGACCUGGGAUCGGCAAAGAGAUACCACCAGCGGCACAAGGUCUGUGAGAAGCACGCCAAGGCUGCUGUCGUAGUCGUCGGUCGCGUCCAACAGCGGUAUUGCCAGCAGUGCAGCCGGUUCCAUGAAAUAUCUCAGUUUGAUGAUUCCAAAAGGAGUUGCCGGGAACGGUUGGCAGGUCACAACGAGCGCCGCAGGAAGAUCCCACCUGACCAACAGACGGAGAACCCUGGACAUGUACCGGUAGUUUUACGGGCAAAAGAUUGCUCGCCUGGACGGUCGCCUGCUGUGAAAGAGAGCCUGUGGAAGCACAAAGCCCCCUCUGAAGUGAUUAAAAUAGCUCUCCCGAGGAAUCCGUCUAUCAGGCAUUUUCAGAUCAAGUGAUUUUUUAACCCUACCUUUACUGGAUUUGCUCAGUAUAUCUGAAUCACGGUGUAGACUGUAUAUCUUUAGCAUCCAAUAUGUGGUCUAUUAAGUUACUG